AAACAAGACAAACAAACAAAAACAAACAUUCAAACAAGCUCAUUCAAUCUUUACAGGCAGAAAACCGACCUGCUCGCACCAGUUGUCAAGUGUACCCAAUUAUUUUAAGGUAUCUCCCUUUCUUGCCACCAUGAAUAAGAAGCGCCAACGCAUGGAAGUAGGCGGAGAAAAUGGCUUUGAAGAAUGGGGAGGAUACAUGGCUGCCAAGAAAAACAAACUACAAGAUCAGUUUCAAGAACAAGUCAAGCAACAGGGUCAAGAUCUAAAGAGCGACAUUUUCAAAAACGUUUCUGUUUUCGUCAAUGGGUACACAGUUCCUAGUGCUGAUGAAAUUAAACGCAUAAUGAUGGUUCAUGGAGGAGUUUACCAUCACUACCUGAGUACUGAACGCACAACCCACAUAAUAGCUUCUAAUUUGCCUGAUGUCAAAAUUAAACAGAUGAAAAGUCUCCUCAUAAAUAUAGUGAAGCCAGAGUGGAUAACAGCAUGUCUUGAAGCGAAGCACCAGGUUGACUUCCGCCCAUUCUUAUUGAUAUCCCAUCAAUCAAGGACUCAGCCAUCUAUUCGGACAUUUGCUGGUCCCUCAUCAUCUACGACGGCUACUGCCCCACAUGUCUCUGAAGAUGAAGCCAUUGACGAGGCAGAAAAAACGGACAAGAACAACAAGGCUUCAACAGUUAGUGACAUUGCUGGUCAAGGUGAAGAAGAAGAUCUGUUUUCUUCAUCAGAUUUUGAAGAAACCACUUUUGAACCUCCUAAGUGUCCAGCCUCUGUAGUGUCCCCAAACUCAAAAGGAGAGUCAAAUAAAGCAAGAUGUGCUACUGAACCAAAUUUUCUGUCUGAAUUUUAUAAUAAUUCUCGCUUACAUCAUAUUUCUACAAUGGCUGCCAUGUACAAGCAACUUGUAACAGAGCUACGUCAGAAAAAAAAUGAUUUUCCUGGGCUAGUGCGUUUGCAGGAAUGGAAAAGGCAGAAUGGCAAAGUAAAGAAUAAUCUGGAUUAUGAGGAUGAAGAUUUUGACAGUACUUUAAAUGAAAGCUCAACUAAGUCAGGACAUCCUAAUCACCAGAAAUCUUCUCUGGAUAAAGUAAUAAUGCAUAUUGAUAUGGAUUGUUUCUUUGUAUCAGUUGGGCUUCGUAGAUAUCCACAUUUGAGGGGGCAGCGAGUUGCUGUAACGCAUUCCAAAGGAAAUGGAUCUGCAGCCCGAAGUGGUUCUGAUAGACAAUAUGAAUUCAAUUGUUACAAAGAAAGAUUGGAAGCUAAAUAUAAAAACAAGAAUGGCUCCAAUGAUGAUGGUAUAGUGGAAGCUAAAUUAGCAUGGACCGAAGGCAUUGAUGAAACAAGUUCUUUGGCAGAAAUAGCUUCAUGCAGUUAUGAAGCACGGAAGAAAGGAGUUAAGAACGGAAUGUUUGUUGGAGCAGCUUUAAAACUGUGCCCUGACUUAAAAACCAUUCCCUAUGAUUUUGAAGCUUAUAAGGAGGUGGCUGAUGCACUCUAUCGAACUGUUGCCAGUUAUACAGUUGACAUUGAAGCUGUUAGCUGUGAUGAAAUGUUAGUGGACUGCACUGAAGUCUUACAGAAGGCCAACUGUUCCCCAAUUGAAUUUGCAUCGUUUCUUAGAAAAGAAAUUAAGGAGAAGACACGGUGCCCAGCAUCAACUGGAUUUGGCUCAAAUCGCCUGUUAGCAAGGCUUGCAACACGCAAGGCAAAACCAGAUGGAAUGUUUCAUCUAGAGCCAUCUGCUGUUUUGGAGUUUAUGAAAACAAUAGACGUCAAGGAUCUACCAGGUGUUGGGUAUACCAUGGCCAGCCGGUUACAAGGAAUGGGCAUUUCCACUUGUGGUGAAAUGCAAAACAUGUCUGCAGGAAAAUUAAAUGAGCUGGGAACAAAAACAGGGGAGCUUCUGUUUCGGCAAUGCCGAGGGGAUGAUAACAGACCACUCAAUUUUGACUACCAACGAAAAUCUGUCUCUGCUGAAGUUAACUAUGGAAUUCGCUUUAAGAAUCAUGGUGAAGCAGAUGUUUUUAUCAGGCAGCUGUCUGUUGAAGUUCAAACUAGGUUGGCUGAGGCUAAAAUGAAAGGGUCUUCUAUUACUUUGAAACUACUGGUAAGAGCCAAAGAUGCACCCACAGAAACUGCUAAGUACAUGGGUCAUGGUGUUUGUGAUAGUAUGACUAGAUCUAUCACACUCCCUAGGGCUAUUUCAGAUUCUGACACCAUAACAAGGGAGGCUCUUCUCAUGCUAAAAAAGUUAAAUGUGAACCCUUCUGAUCUGAGAGGCAUUGGAAUUGCAAUAACUCGCUUGGAAAAUUUAAACAACUCAUCAGGUGGAGCUUUGGAUAAAUUUCUUGUCAAAAGUAACAAUCAGAGUGAAAGCACUUCACCCACUAAACCCCCUCCUAAGACUAACAACAAAGCGAGUAGUCCUAAAGGAAGGGUCAAUGCACCAAAAGUGUCACCCAGAAAACUUAAAGUAUUUCCUCAAAAAGGGGUGUUAGGUAUUGAUCAGUUCAUGGUGGCAAGGAAAAAAUCAAGUCGCAAAGACAACAUUGCAAAGUUGCCUGCCCCAAACGAUCUUGACCUUGAGGUGUUGGAAGCGUUGCCCGAUGACAUCCGCAAUGAAGUUUUGGAGGCAUACUCUUCCAAUACUGAGAAUGAUUUGGUUGGCCCCAGCACUGAACAGGAUUGUGACAGCAAGAAUAUAGGAAAUAAAUCAGAUAAUAUGGCCUCAACUUCCAAUCUGGAUAUUUCAUACUCACAGGUGGAUCCAACUUUUCUAGAUGCACUGCCCUCACAGAUGCGCAAGGAAUUAGUUGCAGAUUUCCAUCAGCGAAAGAUUCAGAAAGAAAAUGCUAGACAGACUAGAUUAGGCCAAAAUGUUUGUGACAUGGGUUCUGAUUCAAUAGUUGCCAACAAAAUGCUUCACUGCCACAGAAAGGAGUCUAUUUUAAAAUCUUUUCUCACAACAAAUGAGAUAAAGUGCAUGAUACGGCAGUGGAUAUCUCAAGAAAGUCAACCACACUCAUCUGACAUUCACAUUUUAGAGCAUUAUUUUUGUGACCUUGUGCAUGAAAAGAGCAUUGAAAACUUAAAUGUUAUCCUGAAAUUUUUCCGAAGGUGUGUUUUAUCACAUUCUGAUUCAAUUUGGAGGAAAAAGUUUCAUGAUAUACUGUCUACAGUACAAGAAAGCAUGCAACAAGUUUACCACUCUUCCCUUUUGGUGGAAGAUGUUUAAAAAUGAAUACUAUUUUAUCAGCUAGGAAGAACCAAAUACCAGAGAUGAACUAUUUCUGCACCAAAUAACAUUUUAAACAAUUUUAACUAUUUGUGACUAUAUGUUGUUAUUCUGUUUGCAUUUUUAAAAAAAGAAGUAUUGAUUGGUUGGGAUUUUAUGUUUACUGUGACUGUGAUUUUUUGAAAGUGUCAUCUUUUUGAGUAUCUCUACUUAGAAAAUUACAAUUUUAUUUAACAAAAAAAA